AUGGAGGCCAGUGGCAAGAAGGUCACAGAAGAAAAGGCAAGGUGGCCGACUGUCCUCAUCUACGACGUGGAUAGGGACUUCGGUGGUGAGGUACUCCCAGUUCAGAUCGUCGAGCAGAACUCGGGUUUAGGUUUGGUUAAGGAGGACGUGGUCCCCCUCUUCAAGAAGGGGCCCAAGACGGGCGACUUGGUGUGGUGGGUCUGCUCGGUCAGGCCUAGCGCAUUCAAGUCCAUCGUAGGGAAGAGCCUUUUCAUCGGGCUCUCGAAGUGUAGGACUGUCGAAUAUGUUGACGUAAAUAGGUGCUUCAAAUGCCAGGGCUUCGGCCACAUGGCAAAUCGCUGCAAAGCGACGGAGGACACUUGCGGGCGUUGCGCAGCCAAGGGCCAUCGGGCAAAAGACUGCAAGAGCGUGCCGGUCAAGUGCGCCAACUGCGGUCAGGCUGCCCAGUCGGGCCAUAAGGAAUGUUCAGCUCUGCACAAGGCGACCAUAAGGGUCGCCCGUAGGACAGAUUUUGGCUCUAAAUGA